AGUACCUGCAUCGCCAAGUGCAAAGUGCAAAAGUGCUCCUUCAUGGCGACACGUCCUAACUGACCCUUCAACAGCGCGUACAGGGUGCGUACAAGGCGCAUACUAGGCGCAUACUACACUCCCCAUCUCUCUUCCUUGCAUAACCUGAUUGAAUUUCGUCGCUAUGCCACUGGAAGCGCCCCCGCCGGUCCGACAUGUGUCCAGCACGCCCAUGUCGUCCACUUCCGCCUCCGCCAUGCUAGACAAGUACUUGAAAAACUCGGAAAUACAUGCGCACCUCCACCCAGACGCCAUGAUUACACCACGGGGCGUCACCUUCAACGCCCAGGGCGGCGCCUUGGGCAAUCCACUCAUGCAUCACUUGCGCCGCGUCGCUGCCGGUUUACACGGCGAGCACCUGGAGGCGGACUUAUCGCUUCUUGACCUGCACGAUGACCAUCACCAUCAUGUUGCCGACAUUGCUGUUACUACCCCAGGAGGAGAGCCGGGCGACAAGUCAAACAAGUCAAACAAGUCAAAGAAGCCAAGAAAGUCAAAUCAGUCAACGCCUGAGGACGGCUUGCAAGGCAUGGCUGACUAUCAGCCAGAGCAACGUGGCGAGGAACCAGACACGAGGAAGGAGCAUGUCGAUGAUGGCGCUCACACGGACAAGGAAGCGAAGAAGAAGGCCAAGAAGGAGAGACAUCUACAGAGGAAGAGGGAGAAAGCUGCUCCAAAGCUGCACCAUGCGGCUUAAACUAGCCCCUCCUUCAUUGUGAGAAACGAGUAUAUAGGAAUGCCAUCAAAUACACAAAAUGACAGUGGCCUUGGGAGCCUCACGCUUCCCAGCCUCGCCCAAACCUUGUCCAAUACAUCUACGCACAUCUACACAUGACCACCACAUGCACGUCUAUAGUUCUCGGUUCGUUGCCUUUACCGCCUUGUCCUCGUCUGCCGCCUUGUCCUCAACCACCUUCUUAUCCCCCGUCCACUUCAUCGCCUUUAAUCGCUCAGUCAGAAUAGGGUGCGAGUGGUGGAAGCUCGAGUAGAACCAGUCAGCAUCCAUGCUGGAUAGGUUCUGGAUUUGGAGCUUGAUCAAUGAAGAUCCCAGUUCGC